UUUUGUAUAAAUGGGAAACUGAAGUAAAACCAUAACGAAAUUCUAUAAGUAACAUGUAUUAAUACUGGCAACAUAAUUAAAAAACGUCAUGGCCACCGACUCAGCGCAACCCCACCACAGAAUAUCCCAUCGAGAGUAAAAGUAAUUCGCAAACAACAGAGCACGAUCAAUUUAGAUUCUCUCGAUUCUCACCGAUUUCCCAUGACGAAAAACUGCGAUAAUUUUAAAAUAAGCACACAUAUCUAGUUGUAUUUUGUAAAUAGAUUAAAAGCCCCCCACUCGUAUGAUACAUUGGUCUCCGUUCCUCUUCGGGCUGUUUUGAAAACUUUUCUCAGAGUUCAGUUUGCCCCAGAACGUCGAGCGAAGCACAAACACUCUUCGCCUUCAAAUUUCUGAAAUAUAACGAAACAUAAUCAGAAAAUAUAAGCCAAAAACAGGUGGGUGCAGAUAUUAUUGGAGAACCGAAAGGUUAAAUGGUUUAAGUGUUUAAGGUGGUUUAAAUAAAUAAAUACAAACGAAUUUAUUAUGGUGCCGAAAAAUAAGUCUACAGUGUUAGGUUUGAAUUAUAUAAUUCAUGUUACCACAAUCGCCUGAGAAUGUCAACAAAAGUGAUGCAUCCUCUAAGUAAUUGGACUUUUCCCAAAAGUUUCCAAAUGUCGGAGAAGCCAAAAAUGUCAUUUAAGGGUCACGCCCACCAAGUAUGAAAUACCUGGUCAUUGUCACACUUAGGAACUCGAAUAUAAAUAUAUUUUCGUACAGUUCGGUUAACAAAAAAACAUGAUUUUCUGAGCUUAUCAAUGAAUUGUUCAACAGAAUUCGAAAAACAUGAACUAUCUCUCCCACCUUGGCAUGAAUUCGAAUUUUGGGCAGCCGUGGGAGGAAAAACGGUGCCCUUUACAGAUUCUUACAUCUGUUACGAAAAGUAAACUUCUCUCUGGAUUGCCGUGGUAUCCAAUUCUUGCUCUCGAUCUCUCCUGCUCUAGAUGUGAGAAGCCAAAAUAUUUAUUCUGUUAAAUUGAGAGCAGGAAUAUAAAGAAAACAGCCUCAGAACCAAAAAACAUGAAAAUACGUUGGCCAGAAAUAGCGCCACCCACUGAAACUAAAUGGACUUACAGGACCGUCAUGGAGAAGUCAUCGCGGCCCAAACGAAAUCGUCGUCACAGCAGACGCGCCUGGCCACCGGAGGAUCUCCAGCCUCCUACGCGAGCCACCAAGCGGCUGUUUACGCCCGACAUCAAGAGGAUGCUGAAGGACUGGCUGAUUCGUCGCCGCGAGAAUCCCUAUCCCAGCAGGGAGGAGAAAAAGCAGCUUGCUGCGGAGACUGGUCUGACCUACACCCAGAUUUGCAAUUGGUUCGCGAACUGGCGCAGGAAGCUGAAGAACUCGGAGCGGGAGAAGGCAAAGAAGUCGUGGGGUCAUCUGAUCAAGAACUAUAACCACAAUGCGAGGGGCAAUGUGGAACAAUUCAGCAUCUCGUCGGAGGAUAGUAUUUGGGAAGAGGAGAUGCACUCGUGUCGCGCGGAGGAUGACGAAGGCGACGAUGACGACGAGUUGUCCAGCCACAGCACUGGCAGCGAUGGCAAUGCCAACAAUGAAUCCUCAUCCCCGUAUCAGCCCAAUUUUUAUGUGGAAUCUACGAGCUUAUCCAAACGGAUACCAAUUUUGUCCGAAGUACAGACGGGGGGCAAAGCGAAGUACAAGCACCAGAUGAUGGAGAAGUACCUGCGGGAUAGUUCCAAGGCGGAAGCGGCCAGUCAACCGGGCACGCAACUCAACAAGUGGCUGGAGAGCGCGGCGAAAUUCACACCAAACAGGAAUAACUAUCACAUCGAGUGGAAUACGAGCAGGCAGAAAAACAGCAGUAGCGGCAGCUGCGGGCAAGUGAUCUUUGCAAGUGAUGCAACUGCUCGAGGUGACCGCUUCGUGCUCCAUCACAAGGACGAACUGGACGCAGCAGAGGCCUUGGCCAACCUCGCCUUCAACUGUAGGCAGCGCUGGCAGCAUACCAUCAGUUCCUGAGCAACACCACCGAAUAAUCCACAACAGACGCCAUCAUUCCAGCAGAAGUUUUAGGCCCCGUUGGAAAAGUGCAACCUAGUCAUAUCGGCUUUGUAUGGUUUUCACUUUUUAAGUUUCUUGACAGUACAUUGAAUAUUGUACAUCUGUGAAAGUGAGAACCUGAUCAUGACGAUAGUUAACAGAUAUUUAGCAGCUAGCUUAGAGUGAAAGACAAUGGAUACAAUUUUCGAUUUUCUUGUUAUUUAA